GAGCCUUUGGCGAGGCCGCCGUGUACACUACGCGCGGCCGCUCUGCAAGUGAAUUCCCCGCACUCUUUCGGGGAGAUCUCCGAUCAGUGAUUAGGAGAACGCCUCAAUUUAUGUUGGUAGUCUACGAGCUACUCCUCUUCGCCUUCGCCGCUGUUGUUCUCAUCUCAAGAUGGGUGAGAUAGCAGAUUAUUCUGACAGCAAAAGUUCUUCAGAGACGGUAGGCGAGAGAGGAACCAUGAUAAAGGUUGAGCCUUUGGAGUUGAAUUUGCCAACUGAAAAUAUGUGUGCAAGGCAUAUUGGGCAUAAUGGGGCAAGUUCUUCUGGGAGCAAAUUAAGAUCAUCCUUUAUAGGGAUGGGGUUCUUACCAUCUCUUGUUGACAAAGUGAUUGAAGAAAAGGGUGAAGAUGAUGUUGACUUGUUGUUGGAGACCCUCUGUGCAAAUGCUGCCCUUCAAAAAUCAAUUUCUGAAUCAUCAGAUUCUUUGGAUAGCUUCCUUAAUGACGAGGACACAAAUAAUCCUCCAAAAUUUUCAGCAGGCUUUCAUCCAAAAGAGGAGCCUGAUGUAUCUAGUGGAGUUAAUGAUGACAAACGGGCAACCUUGGUCAUGAUGAAAUUCUCUGUGGAUGAAGUAGAAUUUGCAAUGGAUAAACUUGGUGAAGGUGCUCCAGUUAACGAACUAGUGGACUUCAUCAUUGCUGCUCAAAUAGCUGGAAGCUCCAAAAUGGAUGCAGAUGAUCCAACUUAUGGCAAUGAAGAAAGAAAAGAGGAUUGUAAUAAUGAAGCAUUGUUUGGGACUAUGGACAAGACACUUCGUUUGCUUGAAAUGGGUUUUUCUGAGAAUGAAAUUUCAUCAGCUAUCGAGAAAUUUGGUUCAGAAGUUCCAAUUUCAGAGCUUGCUGAUUCAAUUUUUGCGGGCCAAAUUGCUGAAAAAGACAAGCACUCCUCAGCCACAUUCCGAUUGAAUCAUUCGCAUACUGGAAAUGACUAUAGGUCUUUCGGUAAGGGGAUGGAAGAUGGCCUAAAACGUCGUUCUUCGGGUACAUUCAUGGUAAAAACUGAGGAAUAUAGUCCAGAAGCUGUUUCUCAGUUAAGGGCUGUUGACAUAGGAGAUGAUCAUAAAGGGAAAAGGCCAAAACAAGAAUCUCUUGAUGACUCAAGCGCCUACAUUGGCCCCACUUGGCUAGAAGGAAGAAAAGGUGACCAUAAAUUCUCUAGCUGCCGGAUGCCUUUACCACGUAGGGAUCUCAAUCAAGUUGCAGGACAACUAAAUAAAUUUGGAAUGUCGAGUAUUUCUAAGCCCAUGCCAUGCAAGAGUCUUGAUCAACUGGUUGCUAAGCCACCAUAUUUCUUUUAUGGAAAUGUUUCAAAUGUAUCCCACGACUCUUGGAACAAAAUAUCACAAUUCCUCUAUGCACUUGAGCCAGAAUUUGUGAAUACUCAGUUCUUUUCAGCCUUGAAUAGGAAGGAAGGCUACAUACACAACCUUCCUUCUGAAAAUAGGUUUCACAUCCUUCCAAAGCCACCAAUGACAAUUGAAGAAGUAAUACCAUACACGAAGAAAUGGUGGCCAUCAUGGGAUACAAGGAAGCAGUUGAGCUGCAUCAGUUCUGAAACUUCAGGAAUAUCUCAACUAUGUGAUAGGCUUGGAAAGAUAUUAGUUGAUUCUCGAGGGCUGCUCUCAUUUGAACAGCAGAGAGACAUCCUUCAUCAUUGCCGGACUCUGAAUCUUGUGUGGGUUGGGCAGUGUAAACUGAGUCCCAUAGAGCCUGAACAUCUAGAGCGCAUUCUAGGCUACCCAUUGAAUCACACUCGAGUCCCUGAGUAUAGUUUGAUAGAAAGACUCCAAUCUCUCAGACACUGCUUCCAGAUCGACACACUGGGGUAUCAUCUCUCCGUUUUGAAGUCAAUGUUCCCUAAAGGAUUAACAAUGUUAUCACUUUUCAGUGGAAUUGGUGGUGCAGAACUUACCUUACACCAGCUUGGCAUUCAUUUGAAAGGUGUUGUUUCUGUGGAGAUUUCUGAAACAAAACGGAACAUUCUCAAGAAGUGGUGGCAUAAUACUGGACAAACUGGGGAGUUGGUGCAGAUCGAUGACAUUCAGAAGCUAGCAAGUAGCAAGCUUGAGAGCCUGAUCGAGAAGUUUGGUGGUUUUGACUUUGUUAUCUGUCAGAACCCAUGCACUUACUCUUCCAGAAAUUCUAAAAUGGUUGCAGAUGGUGACAGUCUAACAGGUUUUGACUUCUCAUUAUUUUGUGAGUUUGUCCGUGUUUUGCACCGUGUAAGGAGUACAAUGGAAAGAAGAAGGUAACCUUUUUCUGCCAUUAUGUUGCUUGUAGUACAUUCUAGUUUAUUAAUGAUCAGCUAGACUGUUUUCUUUCUUCA